AAAGCUGGCAGCAGAGUCGGGUUCACGCUGAUUUCACAGUCAUACGUUUGUUGUUUGUUUUUUUGUUUGUUUGUUUGUUGGCUACAGUGACUGGUCAUUCACCGGCUUCUCCCGCAUAGCAGUGGGGUGGUGAAACUGCGAGGGGCGUGCGGCAAACGAAGACGUGCCUAGCACACCACUUCCAAAAUACUUUGUCAGUUGCCAGUGUUUCCCCUUUAACAUGUCAAGACUUCAUCCAUCAGGAUCUGUCCAAUGCAAGCCGGGCUCCUCGUUUGGAAGGAGGCAAGACUGCUGCCUUUCUGAUCUAAAGGUCCACCCAUGUCAAUUGUGACAAAGGUUGUCAGGAUUGAAAUAAGAAAUCGAUAUUCUAAGAAUGCGUGACGAUUAUCUUUUGGAAUAUUAACAAUCUUUUUUUUUUUUUUCUGCUAGAGUGCUGCUUGCUUUUGGAAUUAAACUACAGGGGCUGAUACUACUACUAUACACUACGACUAUCUACUUCAGCGAUUGAGAUCCGCGGCUGUUUUUACCUCCAGUUUCAGAAAGAACUGUGCUGGACAGAGUCAGUUUGUUGUUGGUAAGGGUCCAUGCGAGACUUGGGGUGAAAACAUGUCUGGCCAUUUCUCUGUGAGGAUCCUUGCUGUCAGAGAUGGCAUUUUGGUCCAGCACUCCAGCUUUUACCCCUAAAGUGCCGCGAAAGACUGUUUUCAUGUUCAUUCUCUCCCUCUCUGUCACCUACUUAUUCUACAGUUUGAUGAGCUGUUACAGCACCCUGCAGUUCCCCCUGCAAGAAAACUACCUCUACCAAACCAGGCUAGUGACAGAAGAGUCCCCUUUCGCUGCGUUACGAGAGAAACUUUAUCCCGCCACAUCAUCACAGGGCUAUUUCGGUGAAAACGUGGAAACCACCGCGGAGCAGACGCAGACAGCGGGCUAUGCAGUCUCUGUCGCAGUCAUUGAAGGUACCGGUACUUUUGAAACUGAGGAGAGGGCGACGGGCUGGGUCAGAACUCAGCUGGCUCCCACGGAAAUGAUCCAGGGUCAAACUGUCGUUUUCGAGAGGGAGCAACACCAGAAAUCCAGCACCACGGACAGCGAACUAACCCUAAGAGGGAACAGUACAGCUACUCCCGAUUAUGGGGAGAAAAAGUUACCCCAAGCCAUUAUUAUUGGAGUGAAGAAAGGGGGUACCAGAGCUCUUUUGGAAGCCCUGAGGGUCCACCCUGACGUGAGGGCAGUAGGGGUAGAGCCGCACUUCUUUGACAGGAACUACGAGAAGGGAUUUGCCUGGUACAGGGACCUGAUGCCUUCGACACUUGAAGGUCAAAUUACCAUGGAGAAAACGCCGAGCUAUUUUGUAACUAACGAAGCCCCGCGGCGCAUUCAUUCAAUGGCGAGGGACACUAAACUGAUAGUGGUGGUGAGAAACCCAGUGACCAGAGCCAUCUCCGACUAUACACAGACUCUGUCCAAGAAGCCAGAGAUCCCCAGCUUUGAGGUGCUGGCUUUUAAAAACAGGACACUAGGGCUGAUUGAUGCAUCGUGGAGUGCCCUUCGAAUAGGGAUCUAUGCUCUCCACCUGGAGAGUUGGCUCCAGUAUUUUCCACUUUCGCAAAUGCUCUUUGUCAGUGGAGAGAGGCUUAUCAUUGAUCCAGCAGGAGAAAUGGCCAAAGUGCAGGACUUUCUAAGACUCAAAAGGAUUGUAACAGACAAACACUUCUAUUUCAAUAAGACCAAGGGGUUUCCCUGCCUGAAGAAGCCAGAGGACAGCAGUGCCCCAAGGUGCCUUGGCAAAUCCAAGGGUAGGACUCACCCCAAAAUAGAUCCCGAUGUUAUUCACAGACUACGGAAGUUUUACAAACCCUUUAAUGUGAUGUUUUACCAAAUGACUGGUGAGGACUUUCAGUGGGAGCAGGAGGAAAUCCGGUGA